AAUAAUAAGUUUAAGGAAUUGCAGUGUGCUCAGGGCAAUCUUCAUCAAAUGAACCACUGCAACGGAACAACUGAAUUCAAUUUACCAAACUCGAAGGAGAGACCUCUCUGAACGCACGAACGAACCAACAACAAGAAGAACAAGAAGAUAAGGCAUCUCCUUCAAUCUCCAUACUCCUUGUUCUGCAACUCAAGGUUUGGUUGCGAACGUCAAAUGCAUGCUGCUUUGGAAUUGGAUCGUUCGUUCAUUGUUUAUUGUUUUAAUAUAUAAGAUUAUAGUAUGAGCGGCGCAGCUAAAAGAUCUCACGAAGAAACUACUCACUCUUCUUCUUCGAAAUAUUCCCAUGAUGAUUCCACUGCUGCAUAUCAUCCCACGCCCUAUGAUAUCCCUCACAAGAUUCGCACAGAAGCUCGCGAUCUUGAGAGGAGAUCGUCCCCCCUUUAUCGAUAUCUAUCCGAAGCCCAAGCCCAUGUAGACAAUCUCAGCUCCAACCCCAACCCCAUUCUCAAUCCCAAUCCUAAUCCCAAUCCCAGUCUCAGUCCCAGCCCCAGUCCUAGUCCCAAUCCCAGUCCCAGCCCCAACCCCAACCCCAACCCCAUUACCGUUCCCAGUCUCAAUCCCACUCCAACUCCCUCUCCCACUCCCAUUCUUAAUCCUUAUCUCCCUGAGGACAGGGACAGGGACAGGGACAGGGACAGAGACAGAGACAGAGAAAGAGACAAGCUUGACUCCAAGGAUUCAAGGCAUGACAAUAAAGAGUUGAAACAUGACAGGGAGGAUGUGAAGAGUGAAGCAAAGACAGACAAGGAUGCUUAUGCUGUCUCUACCACACACUUGAAUUGGAAAGAUUCAAAAGAAUAUCAAAGAGGAAAAAGAUUUUCUGAUGCCCACCCUCUUGCAGCUACGGAUCCCUGGAUAUCACGUGCUAUCAGUCAAGGCCAUGCUGAGCUUGGAAAGGAAGUCUCUACAACUGAGGAAAGGGAUCAUGUUGAACCCCACGAGGCUGUUGGAGAGAACAAAUUCGAUGACAAAUCGAAGGACAGGGAUAGGAAAAGGAAAGAUAUGAAUGUCAAGUACCGGGAUUGGGGGGAAAGGGAGAAGGAAAGGGUUGAUCGUAGGAGUACUAUGCAAGUUGCUAAUUCUAUGCAAGUUGCUAAUACCAGUAAUGACGUAAAAGACUCAGCAAAGGAGGAAAGAGAUGCAGAGAGGUGGGAGAGGAAGGAUCCUACCAAAGAUAAGGAAAGAGUAAAAGAAAGGGAAAAGGACCCUGUUAAGAGGGACUUGUGGGCUGGAGUAGACAAAGAGAGUACCGACAAAGAUGUAGGGGAUGGAGGAUCCAACAGAUUGCCAGAGCCGGAUAAUCUAUUGUCAGAAAAGAAACAUAAAGAAUCUGAGAGCUGGAAAACUGCAGAGAAAGAAUCUAGAGACAGAAAGAAAGAACGAGAUGGUGAUGGAGAGGGAGAUAGACCUGAAAGGCGCAACAGGGGAUUUGAAAAAGAAUCAGAUGAUGGAUGUGCAGAUGCUGAAGGGACUGUUGAACGGGAAAGAGAAGUUUAUAAUAAUUAUGGAGUUCAACAGCGUAAAAGGAUGCAACGGUCGAGGGUUAGUCCUCAAGUUACAAACCGUGAGCCCCGUUUUAGGAAUCGUACUCAAGAUCAUGAAGGAUCUCAAGGAAAAGCUGAGGUUUCCUCCGUUGUCUAUAAAGUCGGUGAAUGUAUGCAAGAAUUGAUAAGGCUGUGGAAGGAGUAUGAAGCAUCACAAACUGAAAAGAAUGGGGAAAGCUCAAGCAGUGGACCUACACUUGAAAUACGGAUACCAGCUGAGCAUGUCACUGCCACAAAUCGCCAAGUCAGAGGGGGCCAGCUAUGGGGGACAGAUAUAUACACAGAUGACUCGGAUCUUGUGGCUGUUCUCAUGCAUACUGGCUACUGCCGCCCCACAGCUUCUCCUCCUCCUUCUGCUAUACAGGAGUUGCGUGCUACUAUCAGGGUGCUACCUCCUCAAGAUUGUUAUGUAUCUACCUUGAGAAACAACGUUCGUUCUCGUGCCUGGGGAGCAGCAAUUGGUUGUAGCUACCGUGUUGAAAGGUGCUGCAUUGUGAAGAAAGGUGGUGGAACCAUUGAUCUUGAGCCUUGUCUUACACAUACAUCUACUGUGGAGCCAACCCUUGCUCCUGUGGCUGUAGAGCGGACGAUGACUACAAGGGCUGCAGCUUCGAAUGCAUUGCGACAACAGAGAUUUGUGCGAGAAGUUACAAUUCAAUACAACCUCUGCAAUGAGCCUUGGAUCAAGUACAGUAUAAGCAUAGUUGCAGAUAAGGGUCUGAAAAAACCACUGUAUACAUCUGCACGUUUGAAGAAGGGAGAAGUAUUGUACUUGGAGACACAUUCAUGCAGGUAUGAGCUAUGUUUCACCGGAGAGAAGAUGGUGAGAGCUAUGCAGUCAUCUCAGUCACACGAACCCGAUUCAGAGAAGUCCCAAAAUCACCAUUCACAUUCUGCAAAUGGUGAAAGAAGUGACAGUGAAAGCAUUGUCAUUGAUGCAUUUCGAUGGUCUCGUUGUAAGAAGCCUCUUCCCCAGAAAGUAAUGCGUUCGGUAGGGAUUCCACUGCCCCUUGAGUAUGUGGAGGUAUUGGAGGAGAAUCUUGACUGGGAAGAUGUUCAGUGGUCACAAACUGGUGUUUGGAUUGCUGGAAAGGAGUACACACUCGCACGGGUGCAUUUUCUUUCUAUGAAUUAGCUAACCAUAUCUACUCUUUCGUUUGUGUAAUUUGUUGUACCCACCCAGAUUUGAUGUACGGAUAGAAUAAACCCUUUUUUUUUAUUUAUUAUUUAUUUGUUUAGAAUUUGAUGUAAUUGUACGCAAGUCCAUUAUCUAUAAAUCUAUGGAAAAUGUUAGUCUGA